AUGGCGCUCGAUGCUUAUGCUUCGUCGAACCCUAAUCAGGUUCACACGGAUGUUCUUCUGAAAUCCAGAGAUGCUUGCUACAAGGCGAGAGAUGCAUUUUACGCUUGUAUGGAAAAGGAAUCUGGGAAGAAACCUACUGAAAUCGCUUCCGUCGGUCUUCUCUACCCAAAGGAAUGCAGCCUUUCUAGAACCGAGUUUGUUAAUAGUUGCCGAUCCUCCUGGGUGAAGCAUUUCGAUAGGGAGUAUUGUAGAAACAAGAGAGUGCAAAGGCUGUUGGAUGAUGGAGAUGAGAGGAAAGGUCCAAUCUCACUCCCUCAGCCUUACACUUUCAAGCCUUCCCCUCCCGCUUAG